AUGCGUCGCGUGCUGCUUUCCCGCAACCGCGUGGACUUCGUCGCAACGCUCCUCCGGCAGGGGCGGCUUGCGGAUCUCUUAAUGCUGCAGCAUUUCUCGUCGCAGCGGCCGCAGGAACCUUCUGCGGGCAACGCAGCUGAGGAGAGCAGCGGCGGCGGCGACGGGGCCAAGCUGUCGGUGGCUGGGGGCGCACGUCGGGCGUUGUUGGCGAAGACUGAGGCUGUACGGGCCAGGGCAAUGACGCAGCCCUGCAUGGGCUGGCUGGCGGACGCCUACGGGGCGGGGGAGUGGUGCGCCCUCUCGGGGGCGCAGGACACGGUGCGGGCUGUAGUGGGCGCCAGCGACCCCGCCCGUGCCAAGUUGCGUGGGACGUUCCUCGCACUGGGGCAGGCGGGCAGCUCCCCGGUGUCUGUGCGGCUUGCCGCGUCGAGGGAGAGCGGGGAGGCCUUACUGUUGACCUUGCCGCUGGAGCAGCCCGGGGAGAGGGUGCGCAGCAGCGUCGUUGGCGUUGGGAUCCGCGCCGUGACGCUGAACGAGGCAGAGGCCUCGGUCGUGUCGGACACCGCCGCCGCGGUGGACGCCUUCGCCGCCGAGCAGAACCUUCUCUCGGCCGCGGUGUGCAGCGGCAUCCUCGGCAAGCUGGAGGAAAUUUGUGCCCUGCAUGCCACCCACACGGUGCGCUACGAUGGCCUGUUAGUCCGCAACCCGGCGGUGCAGAAGCGACUCUCGCAGCUGGCGUGCGCGCGCUUCAGUCUGGAGGCGCUGAGUUCGUUCGUCGCCACCGUCGCCGUGGAGGAGCCCCUGCCGCUGGUGGAGUCCGUCGCGCUCCGCAUGCACGCGAAGCACGCGCUCUCCGCGGGGAUAAGGCACGCGCGCGAAGUCAUUCACGGCACGGCGAUGCUGAAGGCCACCCCACACCGCUCGAAGCCGGAGCGCCUCAUAGACUACCCCUACGCGAGGGAGCUGUUUGAGGCGGAGCUCGAUGUCAUUGCGAGCCUUGGCGGCUCCUGCGAGGCGGCGUCGCGGCGGUACUUCACGCCGCUGCUGGCGCAGUCGGAGGCGCAGGUGACGAUGGGCGUGCAGAGCUCAAUGGCCGCGCUGCUCGUCGGGGGUGGCGGAGUGAGUGUCAAUUUGGCCGCACCGCACGUGAACCUGCGCGUGAGCGCCGUCGCCCUCGAGGAGGACAUCACCACGCUGCUGCAACGCAUUCAGCAGCAGGAAAAACGCGAGGACCCGCUGUUUGUGAAGGCCAUGGCGCAGUACUCGGCGGAGGUCUUUGCGAACACGGCCGUUGUCUACCGCACCACAGCCUCCCUCACGCGCGAGGAGGACGCCGCCCCACGCGAGUGGCUGCUCACGCAGGCCUUUUGUGCCGACUCCCGUGUGCGUCGUGCGACGAUUAUCCGUGACUGGGAACUCUCGAUGGCGGCGCGCAGGGCCGUCGGCAAGGCGUCUGACCUCAGCGGCUGCACAACGCACCCUGUAGAGCUCAUGAACGCCGAGCCCACUCGGAAGUCGCAGGCGCCCCCGAAAGCUGCCGCGGGGCGCGCGACGCAAGCGGCGAGCGCCAGUUAG